AUGAAGCAGAAGGCGGAUGAUUUUCUGGUUGGAGACUCCUCAACGAGCGACUCCACGGACGUACAGCUUGUUUUAGACAAGGCGCAGGAAGGAGAGCUGCAGAUUGAGCAGAUGCAGGACACCAAUGCGUUUGACGUGGACAUCGACCAAAUGAAUGAGAAGCCAUGGCUCAAACCAGGGGCGGAUAUCACGGACUACUUCAACUACGGCUUCACAGAGAGCACGUGGCAGAAGUACUGCGAGAUGCAGAAGGAUCGUAGAGCAUUUGCAGACAAAUACGCUGGUUUAGAAAGAAGAGAGGAGACAACAAGGCAGAAUGACCAUGGUCGAAGAGAUGAUACCAAUUAUAACAGAAAUGAGAGAUACGGGAGCUAUAAGCAGAAUCACAGUAAGAAUGAGAGAUAUGAUUACGGUCACAAGAACAGUUAUAAUCACGUACAGAAUGACAACUACAGACACGAUCAAGGUAAACGAAGUGAUUAUGGCAAUAGGAAUGAGUAUGGCAAUAGAGGUGACUACAAUGGUAGCAGAGGUGACUACAACAGUAAUAGAGGUGACUACAACAGUAAUAGAGGUGACUACAAUAGCAAUAAGGGUGACUACAACAGAUCUAACUAUUCUAGAAGUGCUUCAGGAAAUAGAAAUGAUUACAGUAGAAACAAUUACGACAAGAAAUACUAA